GAAUAAAUUUUUUGACAAUUUAAGUUGAUUGUCUCUCUUUGUAAUUAACUUUACUUUAAUUGUGAUAUUUGUUUUUUUUAUUCGUUUUGGUAUUAGUUGAGGUUAAUUCCUUCGUCAAUCAGUUAAUUAUGAGUAAAAGUUUCACUGCCACUGAUGUUCAAAAGGCUAAGCUAGAAAAGCUCAUGCAGAAUAUUGAUAAGCCUAUUGAAAUACCUCAAAGACCAAAGGAUUCAAAGUUUGCUGAGCCUCCAGAUUUCAUAAGAAACAUUAUGGGUUCAAGUGCUGGGGCUGGAAGUGGAGAAUUUCAUGUUUAUCGGCAUCUCAGAAGGAAAGAAUAUGCUAGACAGAGAUUCAUCGAAGAACAAGCUAAACAAGAAGAAUUGGAUAGAAGGUUUAAAGAGACGGUCGAAGAGAAGAAGAGAAAAGUGGAAGAGAAAACUGCUAAAAAAAGGGCGAAAAGAUUGAGGAAAAAAGAGAAAAUAAAACAAGCACGAAAAUCGAAGAAACUUAAACGUAAUCAAGAAAAGGAAAUUACCGACGAUGAGGAUACAGAAGAUGAUAAUGAAUCGAUUGUUGGUGAGGAUGAAAAAGCCGAUUCAAAGUUGACAACGAAAAGUGUAUCAAUCGAUGAGAAUGAGGAUAAAAGUGUAAAAGAAAUGAAAUUUGAUGAAAAAAUUUUAUCGGAAGAUGAAACUGUUGGAAAUGCGCCGAUUCCGAGUAAAAUUGAAGCAACACAAUCGAAACCAGAAGAAAUUGAUUCAGAUAAUGAUGAGAUUAUUGGACCGAUGCCUCAUCCGAUUAAUAAAAACUGUCAAGAAUCAAAAUCAGAAAAAGUUAAUGAUAGUGAAACAAAUAUCAAAUCAAAGCCAAAUACUUUUAACAAUCAAGGUGAUAAUUUAGUCGAUCCAAAUAACAGUGAAAGCGACACCGAAGCGAUCGGUCCAAUGCCAACAAAAUCUACUGACCAAGACGAAUCGAAAUGUGAAGAUCAAGUUCAAGAAGGAGCUGAAGAAAGUAGCGACGAUGAAAUGAUCGGGCCGAUGCCGAUCUAAAAACUGGAAACAAUAUUCGAAUGAGAAAUCAUUGUUAAUGGAAAAAAAGUUGAUAUGAAAAUCAAUCAUCAUAAAAUAUUGAUACAUAUUUUUUUUGUCUCUCCUGUAAAUAGACACUCGAUUGUUGAAAUGAAUCGAAUGGAUUAAAUUGAUUAAUCCUUUGGGUCCAAACAUCAAGAUGAUCCCUUGGAACCAAGGAUACUUUGUAAAGCGA